AUGGAGAAACAGGACCCCUCAUCGCUUCGAGAAGCGUGCGCUGAUCCAGAUGCACUCUUCGCGAUUCCACAAAACGACCUGUUGCAGCUAGUCUACCAAGAAUUCUCGGCUGAUAUUGACCGAUUAAAACGGGCUUAUUCGAUUCGUGAUGCGUGGUGUCCCCCUGAUUCUCUUUCUCCGUCAUAUAUACUUUACCAGGAGAACUACGACGAGGUCAACAGAACCCUGGUGGGGGUUCUCUCUCUGCGUUGGAUCCAUCUAGAGCAAUAUGGAGUCUUUGUGGCAUCACAACCACCUGAAACCCAACUAGCAAGAGAAUCAUUCGACUGGAUUCGAGGAUUUUAUACGCAGACGAUCAAGGAUUCGAAUACGCUAUACGCGCUAAUUAUGUCCAUCGUCAUCAACGAUCUGGGCAAAGACCCGCAAUUAGCGUUAGACUAUGAAAAAUCAACCGGCGAAGACAUUUCGCAUAUCAAUCAUGACGCAGUUCUCCUCAAAGCAUGCAGUACUGGUCUCAUCCCGUCUCUCGGAAGACUGCCUUGUCGAGACAGAGAAGAUAUCGUGCGCGCAAUCGAACUCGGCGCGACUUUCAAUUUUGGCCAGCUAGCACAGGCAGAGAAUGUUCCUGUUUGUCUCACCGGCCUGCUAAAAAUGAAGUGUAGCCCUCGCAGCUUUCAGCUUCGAUUCAUGGAGCAACUAUUAGAUAUUGCCGGAGCAGCAGGCCAUAUGGACUGGACGUGCGCCAAAAAGCUCACCCAGCCGAUCUUUCAAUCUUAUAAAAACGUCUAUGAUGCUUGCCAGGGUGUCAUUUCAGGAAGCUUAGACAUCCGCGGUGGAUAUGAUCUCAUUCUCAUUCGGCGGGCACAGUUUAUUCAUGACCUGGGUUUCCGGCUGCUCUCCGUGCAGGAGUCAUUAAGCGAUCGCGCCUUGAUGCGAAUAUUUUGCAUGGGAAAUGUGGCAACCCUGGAAAAGGCAAAGCUCUUCGAAGAGACGUGGAAUCGCCUCGACGAUCUAACUCGAGAGAAUCUCAUACGGGGAUUGAAUAUUGAUGGGCACAGUGGCAAACCAGCUGUACAACCGACGUACAUGCCUGCUUUCCUGAGCCGAAUUCCGAAUGAGAGAACCUUGGCAUGUGCUCUAUGUUACCUCUCUCGCAUUUUGAAUCUCAUGGAGCCUCAGGACUCGUCAACUCUCGUCAUUGAGAGGAGUCUCCUGGGGGUGAUGAAACAGUUUGUCGAGACUGGAAUUUUCGAUCAAGAUCCUACUAUUUUAGAAAGUCUCGAUGUACCGGAAAGUGUUGUCGCACAAAUAAUAUUAGAUUAG